AUGCUGUUCUCACGUCUGCCACUGUCGCUCCUUACUUUGAUUUUUGCCUUUGCUUUUAAUGCCAAUGCCGACGAUACGAAUAAUAAGAAAGAUGGGGACGAUACUUCCGGGGUAGAAUAUGUGGAUAUCUUUGCGGUGGAUUACCCUAUUGUUGCUUAUGUUGUUGACUCUGGACGCCAUGAUACGGCAGCAACAACAUACCACAUAGCCUGUUCCUCCGACGCAGACUCGGCCUCCUGUCCCUUCGCCCAGCCCUACACCUUAAUCCAAGGCCCCUCGACCCUCUCCUUCGAAUUCACCGCCCCAACCGCCACCUUCACUCAAUCCUUCACCCUCGGCUGCAACCUCGACUCUACUACCUCUAUGGCCUGCAGCGCAACUGGCCUCGCAGAAGCCGAUUCGCCCGUCACUACCAGCCAGACAUUCUCCUUCACCGGCGCCGCGGCUCAGGCCUUCUUCAAGGAAGUUCAGGUUGUCGCCAAGACGGAGGAUCUGUUGACGUACACGCCUGGGGCUUCGAGUUCGAGUGCCAAAGCGACGAUCACGGGGAGUAGUGAGGGAGGGGUUUUCUUUGAGGGGAAGCAGGAAGCGGCUACCACGAGUGCGACGGUGGUGGGAGGCAUUGUGGUUGCAGAGGCGGCUAGUGCGAGUGCGACGACGACGAAGAGUUCGGGUGGUAUACAGGUUAGGGGACUAGGUGGGGUUGUUUAUGCGGGGUUGGUGGUUCUGGGGGUGCUUGGAUUGGGGUUACUUUGA